CAGAAGCCGCGCCAGACAAAAAGCCGAGGCGGCGGGUUUAUGAACUGAGCUGGGCUGUGGGAGCCGGUGUGCUCCGCUACCUCCCCGUAAUGUAGCCGGAGCAGUUACUGAACUUUCCCUCAGGUAUUCUUGACUCUUUCUCCAUGAGAGUAUUAACAUCUGUGCCUGGGGAGUAUAACAUGGCAGUUAAUGGCCUCCAGUGGAGCUGAAGACUUGAGAGGUGGGGGACAGCUGUCAGCCCUUUUUGUUCAAGCUAAGCCUGCAAUUGCACAUUCAUCCAACACCCAUGUGUCUUCCAGUCUCAGAGAGAGGAAAAAUCAUCAUCCCUCAUCCCUUGGUGAUUCUGUGUCUCAGCCUAAUGUGACGGUGGUGUUUGACCAGCGCAGUCGUAUCUCAGGGAUCUCCUCACAGCGUGCCUGUCCACCUGUGCCUGCAGCUGCUACUACUGUAAGAAGACCUGAACGUGCCCAAAGUGCAAGUGCACGUUCUUCUCCUGGUGCUAAAAGUGGUAUCAGAACAGCCAGUACUGUCUCAAAGAGCUCAUGUCAUAUUAGUAGUCUCUCUGCUGUAUGCCUUAGCCCUUGUAAUUUAGAGCAAACUGUCCACAGCUCUCAGUCGUGCUGGCAGCUGGACAAACUCAGGUUAAGGUCAAGACUUUUAGGAAAAAGGACAUUUUCACCUCAGCACUCAGUUUGUCCAUCCUGUCCCUCCCCUCCCAAGACUUAUUCUCAGAGAGCAUCUGUAAGAGUUGAGAAAACCAUGCCUACAAACCAGUCUUACCCGUGGACUAACAACAAGCCCAAAAGCAACAGCAAAGGGGUCAUACAGACCUCUACUGCCAAAGUGCCUACAAAUGCCAGACUAGAUACAUGUGACUUGGACAAGUCCAGCACCAUACUAUCGGCCUCUCAUUGUAAUGGUGGCGAGAAAGGGGAUGGCAAAGGAAACACAAUGAAGCCCAUCCGAACAACUGUGCCUUUGAAGGACAAAUGCGCAGAUGUCCCCAAGAACCAUGUCACUAGUGUCCAGGAUUGGAUUCAGUAUGAGAAGACUGUGGCUGAAGACACAAAGGAGAAUAAGCGAUUAUCAGAAUGCUGUGUAGAUCAUGGUACUAGUGAAGCACCUCAGAGAGUGAGGAAAAUCACCUCUGAGGUAGAGUUUACGGCAGCUGUGAAAAAACUCACCAAAAGCAUGGCUCAUGCACAAAACGGGACACUGAGGGCCAAUAUUAGUUCAUUAGUAGCAGUAAAGACAGUGACUGGUGCCACUUCUUCAGCAAAAGCCUCAAGCCUUUGCCUUAUUAAUGGGAAUGAGGAGUCUUUAAUGGACAUAGAUACCUCUAGUGCCCUUAGCCUUGAUGCGAGGGAUGAGACCUACUCUGUAGAUGCUCCGUGUGAUGGGGAGAUUCGGGGUAUUACUUGUGCCAUUCCAGAGGAGGUCAGCCACAAGACUGCUGAUCCUCAAUCACCCACAGUUUACUCAGUAACAGACCAGAUAUCUGCCAUACACCUCACAAAGAAAGACUCUGAGCACACCUCAGAAGAGGACUCGGGCCUUUGCCAUAUGACCCUGGAUGAGGAGGGUGAACCUGUGAUAAAUGGGCAUAAGAAUGUUGUCAUGCCAGAAGACGGUGAGGAGGAGCUUCCAGAUGAGCUGGAGAAUAACUGCAGUGGAAACGAUGAUGAAGGAUCAGAUUGUGAUGCCUCUUCAGCAACCUCAGUGACAACCUCAUCAAAUGUCGAGGAACCAGUAAGCCCAGAGUUGGAGGAUGAUCGGGUGGUAAAGCCAGCGCUGGUGUCCAGCCUGUUCCCUUUCAUGUCACCAACACUGUACUUUAGUACAGCCAAUGAAAAAGUGGAGUUGCUGCCUUUCGAGCAGAGGAAACUGUUGAAAUGGAAGAUGAGUUCUGUUACACCUAACAUAGUGAAGCACACCAUCACUAGAUCACACUUCAAAGUCACAAAAAAGAGUCAUGACUGGCUAGGCUGCUGGGGCCACCAUAUGAAGUCACUUGGGUUCAGAGCAAUACGAGAGUACCAGAAGCUGAACCACUUUCCAGGGUCCUUUCAGAUCGGACGGAAGGAUCGUCUCUGGCGGAACUUGUCCAAGAUGCAGGCUCGCUUUGGCAAGCGGGAGUUUGGCUUCUUCCCACGCUCCUUUGUACUCCCACAGGACAUGAAACUGCUGAAGAAGGCUUGGGAGGAUGGUGGGAGCAGGCAGAAGUGGAUCAUCAAGCCGCCAGCAUCUGCCAGAGGAAUUGGAAUUCAGGUCAUUCAUAAGUGGAGUCAAAUGCCACGCAAGAGACCACUACUUGUGCAAAAGUACCUUCACAAGCCUUACCUCAUCAGUGGGAAUAAGUUUGAUCUGCGUAUUUAUGUGUAUGUUACCUCUUAUGACCCACUCCGUGUUUACAUCUUCAAUGAUGGACUUGUUCGCUUUGCCAGCUGCAAAUACUCCUCUUCAAUGAAAAGCCUCGGCAACAAGUUUAUGCACCUGACCAACUACAGUGUGAACAAGAAGAACUCUGAGUAUCAGACCAACAGUGACGAUAAGGCCUGCCAGGGUCACAAAUGGGCACUGAAGGCUUUGUGGCAGUACCUGGGUUACAGAGGAGUCAACACUACUCUCAUCUGGGACAAGAUUAAGGACAUGGUCGUCAAAACCAUCAUCGCGGCAGAUCCAUACGUGAACAGUCUAGUAAAGAUGCAUCUGCGGUCUUCAUACAGCUGUCACGAGCUGUUUGGUUUUGAUAUCAUGCUGGAUGAGAACCUGAAGCCAUGGGUACUGGAGGUCAACAUCUCACCCAGCCUCCACUCAAACAGUGCACUGGAUGUGAGCAUUAAGGGCCAGAUGAUCCGUGAUGUGCUGAACCUGGCCGGCUUUGUUUUGCCUCACAGUGAAGAUGUCCUCCCUCCAGGCAGCAGUGACAGCAGCUCCACCAGCAGUUUGUGUGGAGGAGUACGGGAGAAAUCAAGAUCAGACCUGUCUGCUGAUGAAAAAGUGAAGAGAGCCUUCUAUCUCACCCAGCGCUUUGGGGACCAGGAUUUUUACUCGACAGUACUGGACGUGCUGACCCCUGAUGAUGUGCGUGUUUUGGCUGAGACUGAAGAUGAGCUGAGUCGUCAGGGCGAGUUUGAGCGUGUUUUCCCCUCCCCUACCUCCUCUCGCUACCUCCGCUUCUUUGAACACCCACGCUACCUCAACAUCCUCCUUAAUCAGUGGGAACAGAAAUUCUGCCAGAACCGAAGCAAAGGUAUCGAACAGCUAAGGAGUUUGUGUCAGAGAAAAGUGCACUUGGGAAACCUUGAUGGCUCUGUACAUCAUUGGUCUUCAAAAUCCUAUCAUGGCCAUCGGUCUGACAUCCACAAUGUCACAUCUGUCAAAACAGAGCCAACCAAAUCAAGUGUUCAGGUGAGCCAGAGUGUGAGGUCCCAGCUGGAUGAUGAUGACUGGUCUGAUCACGAAGUUCAAUCAGUAACUUCCAGUCUUCCAGACAUUAGCUUGCUGGGUUCUGUGAGCCCCAGUCCAAGCCCCAGCCCCAGCCUGGCUAGUGACAGCCUGCUUCAUCGGAAUUACCUGUGAGACUAGCCAUAUACGCUCAAUUCGGCGGAUAUCCAGGGCUUCCAACCACGCACAAAAUCAUACAUGCUCAUAGUUGUAGAGUUUAGCAGAGAGUGGAAAGGUGCUAAACAACACUUCUGUCAUUCUGUGCCUACAUUCUGCUAGGUUGUACUUUUUCUACCCCCUCAGGAAGUAGUUUGGGGAAGGAGUGAGAGAAUUCUGAUAAAGUAUAAUAGGAAUUGUUAUUCAGUUGAUGACUGUUUUAAUCAUGGAAACAAAUCAUGUACAACUUUUGCCUUUUCCAUGACUGUUGUUAUCUAUUUUAAAGAAAGCCUAGUAGAUUUUUUGAAGCACACAUUAUCUAUUCAUAUGCUGUUUGUAUAUGCAACCUUUUGCUCUUGUUGGAAGGAACUCAUGUCUGGAGUCAUGUCUGUGAGCAUGAGCCAAUCAGAUUCCUUUCCUGGUUUGUUUACAUUUUAGGCCUACCCACUGCUGUGGAGGUGGGGGGGGGUCAGUAUUUCUCACAACUGACAAGUGAAUUUUGAAAGAGCAUUUAAACAAUAAUAACAGUAAUAAUAAUAAUUAUAAAUACAGGAAUGUUUAUAAAUCUAAAGAAAUGUAACCUUUUAUCAGAGGCUGUGAAUAAAAAAGAACUGUUCUGGUUUAGGAUUUUAACAUUAAAAGUGUUUGAAAUUAA